UUAUUAUUAUUAUUAUUAUUAUUAAUAAUAAUAAUAAUAACAAUAAUACAAAUAAUUAAAAAACACAAAUUGUUCCCAUGCAUUAAAAAUAUUAUGUAACCAGGCCUAGAUAGGAUUAGGUGAACACAUCCACAUGGGCGUGCAUGCAAAUCUAUUUUCCAAUUUGAGUGUUUGGAGUUCUUCUGCAUUCGAACCACCCGCCCCUCUACUUAGUCAUCUCCUCUAAUGCGUAGCCUACCCUAUCGUAACUAAAUUAGCCGGCAGUAACAUAUUAAUGGCGGUAGCAGCGAGGCGCAGCACUUUUCAAAAUCUGUAUUCCCGCCGCGGCCGCUGUUGUCCGCUGCUGUGUCAAAAACAAUCUUUCGGCUCAUUUAUGUGGACAUCGCAGGGACGAGAGGGACGAGAUCGGAUGAGAACCUAGAAAAAAACAAAAACAAGGAGGAGAGGGAGGGGAGGGACGUGAUUUCUCUCAUCCUUUUGCAUCUCGCCGUGUAUCUCCGUGUCAUAUCUGAAUAUAGUGACAACUAAGGCUUUGAAAACUAGAAACAACCUUAAUAGCCGUUCAGGUGGCUUCGAAGUCUGUCUGGUCAGGUCCGAGAGGAAAUUGUCUGAUCCAUAAUCAAAGGCAAAAUAUCAAAUGAGUUAUUUUAAUAGACUAAGAAUUCCUAAUGGCACCACAUUUUUGUAUUGAACUCUGUUAUUGUUUCUCUCUGUGUGGGCCUAUAUCAUUGGAAAAUCACUGCAAAAUUCAAAACACAUUCAACAAUAGGCUACAGAAAGAGUCAAAGUCACAAUAACCCAUUUCACUGUGACAUCAGUUUAAUAUGAAGGAGAAAUAAUUGAUCAAGCAGUAGGUAUAUCCUGUUAGGAAUGGCCCUAUAGUGCUAUGCGUUGUGACGUCACAUUUAGCUCAAUUAUUUUUUCAGGCCGAAAUAAACCUAAAACCGAAUUUGACGAUCGUGUGAAGUGAGUAUUCUGCGAUAAACGGCGGAACAAAGAAAAAACGCUAUCCGAAAAAUCAAAAAUCAGAUGCACAGUUGAAAUACAAGAAAUUAAUGCACCCGAACAACGCAAAUCGCGUCAGUUUGAUUCAAAUGGUUCCGUCAUUGUGCUGCACCGGACACAAAGGGCAGACACGCGGACAGACGUUGCUCAAGGUGUAUCAUCCCACGUCUUCCCACGCACCACAGCAAGGGCGGCGCCGACACAAUGCGGCCAUGACCGGCAGCGGUGUGGUCCUCCCCGUGAACAGGCCACCAAGAAAUACGGCGAUUAUUAAAACGUGGAUAAAUAAGCAAAAGAUAGGCUACAUGAAUAAAUACGAGGAAAAGCAGAACGGUCACUUCAUUUUUGCGCGUUUUAUCACCCAACAGCAGAUUCGUCUUAGUAAAAAGGGCAAAACUAUAGCCUAUACAAAGAAAUAUGAUCGAAAAAUGUUUAAUGCGGAUGGUAGCCUACUAUAAGGUCAUACUGAGGUCGACCCAAAACGAUGGAAAAUACCUUCGCUCUAAAAAUGAUUCAAAUCCACCAAUUUGCCUGGCGGUACAAGAGUUUUCAUGGAGAGAGGGUCCAACUGAAUGGCCACGAUACAACAAACCAUGCAUCCCACGCGUUUUAGUGGAGCUCAAAUACAAAUGCUCAUUGGAGGACUACAACCACUAAUUCAAGUCUUUAUUUUAUUCCAGUAAUAUAUACAUUUUUGGACCAUGUGCUAUAAAUCUACAACCGUUAAGGAGGCAAAUAUUAAAACAAACAAAUAAAUAUGGUUUAUUUAACGGCCUAAACUGGUUAAAAUGUUAUAUUAUUAUUAUUAUAAUAAAUGUUUUUAUAAUUAUUUUAUUGUUAAUGGUAUUGUUAUUGUUAUUUUCAUUAUUAGGCCUAUAUAAGCUUAAUAAUCUGAGUUUUUGUAUAAGCAGAAGUGCAUUCUCAGGCUAAAUGUGGCCAGUAUUUCCAGGGUCUUCUCGCGUGGGGAUGAUUAGCCGUUCAGAAAUAAAUCAAUAAGAAACCUAGCGCUAAUUUAGAAUCGUCUACACAAUCGUGAUUCAGAGAGCAUGAAAAAUUACCGGUUGAAACCAUAUCCAGAGCCCGCGAGCGGUGUUUAUUUUCCCUUUUUUUGUUACCGAGCCGGGGAGCUGCAUGCAAGAGCCCGAUAAGAACCCAGUCGAAAAUGUUUCCACACGGAGGGAGACUGGCUCGGGCUUUUCUCUCUUUUCUCUUUCAUUACGAGCAGGGUGAUUUUUGCAUCGGUGUAAUUGAACUUCCCUCUUUCUUUUUGAUUGAUCUGUCGUUGUUCGAUUUCCAAAUGUAGGCCUACAUCUUUCUCAUUUAAAAAAAAACACAACAAUAACAAGGACACUAGAAAUAUUCCUCAGACUUCGUCACUGUGGAGCAGUGGGACUCCUCGUGUCUAUACGCGUGGGCAGACAACGCAAAUAGACUCGUAAAGAGAGGACUCGACCGCAUUACAGAGGCAAUUGUGUUGAGAUAAGGUUAUUUUCUUGAACUUAUUCCAGCUACUGAAUGUCAAACAAACCAACCAAUUCGUCAAUCGAGGAUACUGGAUGAUUUAAACAAUAAACGGAUGUCAAAUACAGCUUCUUAAUAAAUACAUAUAGGCCUACGCAAUUCAGACCGACCAACCAUAGGCUAUUGCACUCAUGCCAUUAUACAUGCGAAACUGUUAUGAUACAUAUAGGCUACUUCACAUAUGUGCACUUUUACAAACACGACGGGAUGCAUUGAUAAUGAUAAUUGGAUUGCUUCCUGAAAUAGUCUUAUUACGAGUUUCCAUUUUAAGUUACACGUUUCUUUAUGAGAUUAACUUAAACUCCUGAAAUAAAAGUGUUUCUUCAUGAAUCUUGUCCCUCUCCCCUGUGUGCGGGAUGCUUGGCUUUAAGCACACAAUAUAGGCCUCUAACACGCUCCAUCUGGCUCAGUGGAGGUCGCUCUGCUAACUCCUCUUGCAGCACACAGCCGGACUCCCUAUUGGCAGAACAGAAACAGAAACCCUUUUGCGCUAACCCGGUGGUAGUCCUGUCAGUCCAACCCGGUUCACCAGCAGUUCACCGUGUCAAUCUGCCAGAACAGACCGAGAGAACCACCUAUAUACACUCACGGCUGACCAUUUCAUGGGGAGAAGCAGAGAGCGAGAAGAGGAUAGACAGGAAAGCAGGCGAAUUGGAGGGGAGAGGGUUGCGGACAGACGGUGGCAUCAGUUUGGACGAGGAGCUUUGUGGAAGCCGUUUUCUUCACUCAAAACAACACAAAAUAAAAAGUCUCUCGGUCAGAUUCCAAGGGGCCGUUGGAGAGAGACAGUCACGUGACACCCGGUGCCAAAUGGUCUUCCGGCAGCGCCUCUCAACAAGGACCGGAGAAACAGAAGAAGCCGCCCCUUCUCUUGGAAAUGCAGAAAACCACGUAUUACGACAACUCCUCAACGCUUUUCGGUGGCUACUCGUCGUACCAGGUCCAGGGGGCGGCGGCGGCGGCGGCGGCGGCGGCGGCGGUCAACGGCUUCGGCGGCUACGAUGCUGUCCCCGUGUCCCACCACCAGCCCAGCUUCCAGUCGGCCAGCCACCUGGACGUGGACUCGUAUCAGCGCUCGGCGUGCUCCCUGCAGUCCCUGGGCGGCGGCGGGGGGGGGAGUAGCGGCGGCGGCGGCGGCGGCGGCGGCGGCGGCGGCGGCGGCGGCGGCGGCGGUGGCGGGGGUCUCCAACAGCAACACUUGGCCAAGAGCAAGGAGCUGAACGGCAGCUGCAUGCGGCCCAGCCUGCCCCCCGAGCACCACCCGGGCGCCCAGGCGUCCCCCCCGCUGCCCCCCAGCGCCAGCAACGCCCAGCCGCCCGGUGGGGGGGUCGGCAGUUCGGUGACGGCGUCGUCGGUCGGUAAGCCGGCCAAUCCCGGCAAGCCGUCCAACGCGUCGGACUCGCCGUCGGCGGCGGCCUCCUCCCUGCCCCCCAAUCCCACCAUGACCAAGCAGAUCUUCCCCUGGAUGAAGGAGUCGCGGCAGAACACCAAGCAGAAGAACGGCUCCCCCAGCUCAAACUCGGCCAACGCGCUAGGAGGAGGAGGAGGCGAGAGCGGCAGUGGCGGGGAAAAGAGCCCCCCCGGCAGCUCCUCGGCCGCUUCCAAGCGGGCGCGCACCGCCUACACCAGCGCCCAGCUGGUGGAGCUGGAGAAGGAGUUCCACUUCAACCGCUACCUGUGCCGGCCCCGGCGAGUGGAGAUGGCCAACCUGCUCAACCUGUCUGAGAGGCAGAUCAAGAUCUGGUUCCAAAACCGACGCAUGAAAUACAAGAAGGACCAGAAGUCUAAAGGUUUGGGCUCCAGCUCCGGGGGGCCCUCGCCGACCGGCUCCCCGCCCCUGACCAUGCAGUCCACUGCUGGCUUCCUAAACUCCAUGCACUCCAUGGGGGGCGGGGGCUACGACGCCCCUUCGCCGCCCUCUUUCGGCAAGCCCCACCAGAGUGUGUCCUACUCCAUGUCCACUGCCUACCCCAACGUCUCCAUGAAGAGCUGCCCUUCACAGCAGAAGUACGGCGCUCCGGCCCCGGACUAUGCGGACCCUCACGGCCACCAUGGCCUACUGCAGGCCAACAGUGCUGGAUAUGGGACCCCCAACAACAUGCAGGCCAGCCCUGUGUAUGUGGCAGGGGGCAGCUACGUGGAGCCCAUGUCCGGAGGCGGGCCUACCAUGUACGGGCUAAACCACCUGGGCCCCACGCCCCCUCACCACCAAUCCAUGGACUACAGUGGUGCGACCGCCAUGUCGACCGGCAACCAGCAUCACGGGGGUGGAGUAGGAGGGCCCCCGGGCCCUUGUGACCCCCCCCCACACUCAACUUACACAGAGCUGUCGGCACACCACACCUCGACUCAGGGCAGAAUCCAGGAAGCACCCAAGCUCACUCACCUGUAGCAGGUUUGAAAA